AUGGCUCCCCUGGCUGUUAUAGCUCCCCUGAGUGUUAUAGCUCCCCUGGCUGUUAUAGCUCCCCUGGCUGUUAUAGCUCCCCUGGCUGUUAUAGCUCCUCUGGCUGUUAUAGCUCCCCUGGCUGUUACAGCUCCCCUGGCUGUUACAGCUCCCCUGGCUGUUAUAGCUCCCCUGGCUGUUAUAGCUCCCCUGGCUGUUAUAGCUCCCCUGGCUGUUAUAGCUCCCCUGGCUGUUAUAGCUCCCCUGGCUGUUAUAGCUCCCCUGGCUGUUAUAGCUCCCCUGGCUGUUAUAGCUCCCGUGGCUGUUACAGCUCCCGUGGCUGUUAUAGCUCCCGUGGCUGUUCCCGUGGCUCCCCUGGCUCCGUGGGUGUUAUAG